CACAUCCUGGUGCUUCGGAGUCUGAAGAGGACUUUCGCUUUCCGCUAAUCUGGAAUGCUGGAAAGCUGAUCAAUUAUGAAGUCGGGAUGUCCACGUGGGGUGCCAGCUGAGCGCCGAAUCAUGCGCAGGUCGAGAUUCGGUUGCCGAAAUUGCAAACUCAGGAAACUUAAGUGCGAUGAAGGCAAACCACAGUGUGAGAGAUGUACUUUAUUCGGGAUCAUUUGCAAUUACAUGCCAAACACCGCAGACCUUCAGCCCAUUGCCGGUGGACUAGUUAGCCCAUUCCCCGGAGGAAAAUCUAGAGGGUUCAGACACCUUCCAGAUGCCAUCUGGGCGUCGGAUGGAUCGAAUUUCUUUCACUUGAACUCUAAAUGUCAAGAUUUCAUAACGCGGUAUCUAGGACGAAGUCUUAUGGUUCCUGAUGACCCCAAUAUGUUUGAAGCUAAUCGCGAACUCCUAAAGCUGGCCUUCACUCAUCCUUACUUGAUGCACGCCUCUCUGGCUAUAGCAUUUGCAUAUGACCGGCAUUUAAACAACCCAUCAGAUGGUCGGCUCACUAUAGAGGAGUGGUAUCACUGGUCCCAGAGCAUAGCUCUCUUCAACCAACGACUGAAAGAGCCAAUGGAAACAAAGGAUAUGGAUGCGAUAUGGGGCACGGCCGCCGCUCUCGCCGUCUUGACCUUCUCUUCUCCUGAUGCGCACAGUCCAGAAGAGUCAUGGCCUUUAAAGCCAUCUGCUACUUCCGAUCUAGCGUGGUUGCAUAUGAGCAAUGGGAAAAUGUCAUUGUGGCGUAUAACAAACCCUUUGCGACCCGACAGUCUUUUCCGUGUCAUGGCAGCUACAUACGCUCAUAUCAAUGCGCCAUUUCCAGAAAAAGGCAUAGAUGGCAUUCCAGGUCCCUUAGCCACCGUAUGCAACCUCGAAAAGUCAUCUACAGCGGAAAAUAAUCCAUUUUUCAAUGCUGCCCACGCCGUAUCUCAGCUUUAUGAGCUUCCCGAUAGCCAGGUUACAGUAGGUCAAACGGGACGAUUCACUCGUAGUAUAUGUGGCGCCUUUGAACGUUUGCUGCAAGAAAAAGAUCCCGUUGUGCUCUUGUUGCUCUAUCUGUGGUAUCAAAAAGCCGGUCGAAGCAUUUGGUGGGUUGGGCUAAGGGCCAAGGUGGAAUGUCCUUCUAUAUGCUCGUAUCUGCGUCUACACCACAAAGAGCACAGUGCAAUACAUGCGUUCCUUCCAGGGGGUUCGCUUGCUGACUGUUGGACUUAUUCAGACCUCAAACUUGACCAAACAGGUGCGCCCCAAAUUCAUGUCGACAUGGAUUUUCUUGCCUGAAUCACCCGGCAUUGAUUAACUUGACUGAGGUAAGUUGCAGGAUCAGGAAAGAGAGAGAUUUUCGAACGAAAUUUCAAAUUUCCCGCAACUAUUUGAUUGUCAGG